GCCCAUUCAAUUUUGAAGUCUGUUUGUGAGAACGGCUCACCAGACCAUUGUAUAACCACACACCCGACUCUCCAUUCACCCAAUCCACUUCGUACAAUGACCGAUGUGGCUUUAAUAACGGGCUGUAGUAGGGGUGGAAUCGGCGAUGCUCUCGCCCAGGAAUUCUACCACAAAGGCGUGCGUGUCUUUGCUUCCGCGAGGGACUUAUCCAAGAUGCAACACCUCAAGGCCAUGGGUCUUGACACUGUACAGCUUGAUGUGACUUCCGAGGAGUCCAUUCAAAAUGCUGUCAGGUACAUUGAGAAGGAAUCUGGCGGAAAGCUUGAUUACCUCGUCAACAAUGCUGGGGUGGGCUACUUGACGCCACUUCUUGAUGCCGACUUGGCUCUGGCUAAAAACCUGUUCGAUACCAAUUUCUGGUCUGUUCUUGCGAUGGUUAAGGCUUUCUCGCCGACAAUCAUAGCGGCCAAGGGGAAGAUCAUCAACAUUGGUGCUGUCACCGGAGUCAUGACUCAGCCAUAUUGGGGCAUUAAUUGUUCGUGCAAAGCUGCUUUGCACAUGCUUGGAGACACACUUCGGGUUGAACUCGCUCCCUUCGAUGUUCAGGUCGUAACGGUCAUCGCUGGGACUAUCAAUACGACCUUUUUCGAGAAUCAAGCAAAGUACUUAAAUGUACCUGAAAAUUCCCUCUACCAGAGUGUGCAAAGUCAGAUUAACUAUUCGGCCUCUGCAGAGGAGUGGAGGCCGUGGACCGAGCCAUCUGACUUUGCCGCUGGCGUGGUUGCGAACGCAUUGAAGAAGAAGCCAAAGGCGUGGUAUUGGCAUGGAACAAAGACAUUUAUCACUUGGCUCGCAGUCACGUUCUUGCCUUACGGCUUCCUGGACUUCAAGUGGCUGCAUAUGUCAGGACUUAAUACUCUGCGCAAGAAGACAUGAGAAGUUCAAGAUCGAGAUUGUAACAUCAAGCCAAAGUUGCCAAACGGACCCCAUGAUUUGCGGAUGUUACUGAAAGGGGAAAGAACGCAUUUUGUUCAGGUUCAACAUGUGCUGGUACGGAUGUGAGCAAUGGCAAUAGGAGGGAUCAUUUGCAGAAUUGCUGGUUUUGCUUCCCAGAGUUGCAGCGCGUCGGAAAGGUGGCUGUACCACCAGGAGCAGUCUACUUGUCUGAAAGCCUGGGAGGGCCCGAUGAGACUCUUGAAAAGGCGAAAGAGAGCCAGAAGGCCGACUUCUACAGACAACCCACUGAAAUUGAUAGUAUUGAUGGGAAAAUAGGAUGAAG